AAAUUUGUCUUGUUUCAUUCUCAAACCUCCAAAAAGCUGGUUCUGCUUUUUCCUCAUUUCUCAUUUCAUUUGCAUCCAACAACACAACACAACAACGUUAUCUGCGCACAGAAAAGUCAAAAUACACCGUACAGUGCUUUUUUGGCUUCUACUGUCCUUUGCAGAUCUUGCAGAAGUUGCAGUUCAACCCUUGUUCUGCUUCUUCUUCUACUUCACUUCAGAGUUUUCUUGGCUGUUCUUGAUCAUAUCCAGGAGCUCAGCCAUAUGUACUUUUGUUUUUGGAUUGGGUUGGUGAGUCCUGCUAAGCUUGUUUUGGUAAUUUGAAGUUCUGGGUAGGUGUGUGAUUUAUUGAUUGGGUUUUCUAGAGAAGGAAGUUUUGAUCUUGAUUUUGGAGGUGAAGGAUUGGUUUUGGUGAUUGUUCUUAUUCUUCUCCAUGGCUUUUGAGGAGUCUGAGCAUGUGAUUCCAGAGCUGGAAAGGGAGGAGAAUUUGAUUGCUGCAGCAAGGCAUAUUGUGAAGGCAUUAGGUUCAAAUAAGCACCUUACUAGUGAUGCCAAGAAAGUUCUGGCAGAUCUUGGCUCACAGUUGUCCUCCAUGACCAUGCACAGUGAGAAGGAGGAGAGGAAGCAAGGCCGAAAGAACGAUGAUAUCGACGAGGAUGACGAAGGGGAGGAAGAGGAAGAAGAGGAAGAGGGUGUUAGUGCUGCUGAACAAAGGCUUGGUGAGAUUCAGGAGAAAAUAAUGAGAUGGGAGGAAGAUCAGGCCAUGAUUUGGGAUUUGGGGCCUGAAGAAGCAUCUGAAUAUCUGAAUGCUGCUAAUGAAGCGCGCAGGUUGAUCGAGAAGCUGGAGAGUAUGCAGUUGAGUAAAGAGGACCAAGAAUACAAGUUAAUGCAGAAGGCUUAUAGUGUUCUUCAAACAGCUAUGGCAAGGCUUGAAGAAGAGUUCAGGAACCUGCUUAUCCUGAACAGGCAACCUUUUGAACCGGAAUAUGUCUCUUUUCGGUCCAUUGAGGAAGAUGCUGUUGAUGGAAACUCUUUUGUCUCUAUAGGUGAUGAAUCAUUUGAGGAAUCACUACGAAGAGACAGUGUCAGCAGAGCCUCUGAGGAGCAUGUCAUUGAUUUAGUUCAUCCAGCUGUGAUCCCAGAUCUCAGGUGCAUUGCAAACCUGCUGUUUGCUUCUAACUAUGUCCAGGAAUGUUCCCAUGCUUACACCAUUGUCCGCGGCGACGCAUUAGACGAGUGCCUCUUCAUUCUUGAAAUGGAAAGGCUCAGUAUUGAGGAUGUCUUGAAAAUGGAGUGGGGUCCUUUGAAUUCAAAGAUAAAAAGAUGGAUUUGGGCUGUGAAAAUAUUUGUCAGGGUGUAUCUUGCAAGUGAGAAGUGGCUUAGUGAACAGAUUUUCGGGGAGGGUGAGCCUGUGAGUCAAGCUUGUUUUGUUAAUGCAUCCAAGCCUUCAAUCUUGCAGCUUCUGAAUUUCGGCGAAGCCAUGUCUAUUGGCCCUCACCAGCCUGAAAAAUUGUUCCGUAUCCUUGACAUGUAUGAAGUUCUAGCAGAUCUUAUGCCAGACAUUGAUGUUUUGUACUCAGAUGAGGUUGGUUCCUCAGUGAAAAUUGAAUGUCAUGAGGUUCUAAAGAGAUUAGGUGAUUGCGUGAAGGCAACAUUCAUUGAAUUUGAAAAUGCCAUUGCAUCGAAUGCGUCAACAGCCCCUUUUGUAGGUGGUGGAAUACAUCCUUUGACAAGGUAUGUUAUGAAUUAUCUUAGGACUCUCACCGACUACAGUGAAACACUCAACCUGCUUCUGAAGGAUCAAGAAGAUGAUGACGCGAUUUCGCUAUCACCUGAUAUGAGCCCGGGUACAGAGGAAGAUAGCAGAAGCCAGGGAUCUCCAGAUAGAGCUUCCUCAAUGACUCUCCACUUCAUAUCAGUUGCUUCAAUCUUGGAAUGCAACCUUGAGGACAAGUCCAAGUUAUACAAAGAAAUUCCCUUGCAGCACUUGUUCUUAAUGAACAACUUGCAUUACAUGGCUGAAAAGGUUAAAGGGUCGGAGCUCAGGAUCAUAUAUGGAGAUGGGUGGAUUAGAAAGCACAACUGGAAGUUUCAGGAGCAUGCAAUGAAAUAUGAAAGGUCUACUUGGAUUUCCAUUCUCAACUUUCUCAAAGAUGAGGGAAUUCAUGUUCCCGGUACGAGUUCAGUCUCGAAAAGCCUUCUUAAGGAGAAGUUAAGAAGCUUCUACCUUGGCUUUGAGGAUGUGUACAGGAUCCAAACAGCUUGGCUUAUCCCUGAUGUUCAGCUUCGCGAAGACUUGAGGAUUUCUAUAUCUGUCAAAGUGAUCCAAGCUUAUAGGACAUUUGUUGGAAGAAAUAGUAGUCACAUAAGUGACAAACACCUUAAGUACAGUGCUGAUGAUUUGGAAAACUAUCUUUUGGAUUUCUUUGAAGGGUCUCCAAAGUUGUUGCAAAAUCCCCAUAGGAGGUGAUAAUAGCAGAUAGGCGAGAAUAAUCUUGUUCUUUAUUUAACAAAGAUUUGUAUGUGGUCACAAACAGGUUAGGUUCCUGCCAAAACCUUCUUGUUCCACUUAGUGUGCAUUAUAUGUAAUGACUGUAAAAUUUUCAGUGAUGCUGCUAUUUUGCAAUGUAUUCUUUAGAUUGCUUGAUUUCUAAUCAAAAUAGGAGAUAUGCUUGUUGUUUCUUUUC